GGAAAGCAGUAUCCAAAGGCGAGAACUACCAUGGAGGAAGAAGAAGAGGGCUCGAAGGCCCCAUACCCCGACAUUGAGGUUCUUCUAAGCCAAUUACUAGAAGGACAAAGAAUUUCUGAAGAGUCUUCCCUCUCUGAUCAAAAAAAGGAUUAUCCAGAAUCAUUAUUGCAACAAACGGAUAAGGCUAAUAAAUACUACUGCUCGUUCCAGAGGUUUACGAAGCAGUUCAUACCCGAGACAGACAGCACCAGCAUUAUACGAUGGAACAAUUCAUCGAUAGAAACAACACAACGACUAAUUGUUGAAAAAUGGGCAAAUACAAACUUUGAUAGAAGAAUUACUGAGAGUGAUCCACAAGGAGAUGCAGAGACAAAGGCUGAUGAUGAUGGUGGAUUGAGAAGAAGUAAGACUUUGUCUAAGAACACGUCUGGGAAAUCACUUUUCAGUUGGUCUACUGGAGAUUCGUACAUCAAGGCAAGAAAGAAGGAAUUAGAACAACGAAGAAAUGGCGCUAACUUAAAUGCACCCACUAAUGGACAUAAAAGAAGUGUAAGCACUCCGAAUGCAUCGGCUUUGAGUACAGCUCCAAAGCCAAUCGCGAGAAAGAACGAACAAUUAAGGUUUGUAAAAGAAGAACUGAUUCAAGAAUCGGAAUUAGGAAAGAAAUUGAAUUUGGGUACCCCAGAUGCAUCUGUAAUGAACAAAUUGAAUAUGAUUGUGGAAAAAGAAUCGAAUUCUUUUAUUCAUAAGAGAAUUCAAUUGAUUAGAGCUCACCAUAGUGAACAGAUUUCCAGAAAGAUACAUGAACGUAAGCGCAGAGAUCAUGAAAAACACUUGAGAAGAUUAAGAGAAAAAGAAGAAGAGUAUGAAACGGCCUUACGUGCUGCAAUGCUCGGCCAAAACCACGUACGUAAUAGUGGAUUCUUUGGCUCAUUGUUUGGUUUUAACAGCAUGAAUGUCUCUCACAAUCACCAAAGUCGAGAAAGUUUACAUAGUUCGUCUUCACGUCCCUCGAUAGACAAUUCACGUCCUUCUACUUCUGAAAAAAACUCACAGUCAUCAACAAAGCGCUCCAAGAGGUUUUCGUUUAUUCCAGUAUCCGGCCUUUCAUUGUGGGGGUCGCCAAAAGCUGAUACGAAGGAAAAGAUUUUUGAUUUGGAAGACGAGCAGAAACGUGCUGCUGAGAAUGGUAAGGAGGAAAGUUCAAGGGGACAAAUCGAAAAUGAUAAGACAGAUACAGCAUCGAUAGACAUGGAGAAGCCGUCGACAGAAGACGACCCAAAGACCAACGACGAUAACAAAGGAAACAUCCAUAAUGAUGUGCAUAAUCAAGAUGAAGAUAUUUCUCAAUUAGAAAUCAAAGAAAAUUCUGGAGGUCAACUUGGGAGCGGAGACGAACCAACGAUUGUUGGAAUAGAUGAGUUCGAAGAAUUAACCUCAUCCCCGCCAGUAAAGAAUCCAGACCAAACACAAACUAAUCAUGAUUUUAUGAACCUUGGAAACUCCAAUGGCUUAGUCAGUCAAAUUGUUGAUCUUCCUACGGAUACAUUCCCAGUAACUUCGACUCCCAAAGCUCAGAAAUCUAAUGAUCUUCUAUGACUUUUUUGGAGAAUAAAUAUUCUACCGUAUGACGAACUUAAUGAUAUAGUAAGAUUCUUACAAUCAGCAUAAUAUUCUAUUUAAUAUUCAUUACUCAUAUUUUACAGAAACGAUAUAUACUUAUACAU